ACAACAGCUGAUUGGACAGAGGAAGGACGCAUUUCAAAAGCAAUUGUGAAGAAAAGUGGCAUGCCGGCUCAGAGGGAGGUGCUCCGGGGCCCCAGGGGGGCGGUGAGUCUGCUCCUCCUGGCCAGCCUGGUGGGCCUGGCGCCGGGGGAGGUGGGAGACUUCUCCCCCUGCCUCCGCUUCUUCCACCGAGACGCCCCGCCCACCGGCCUCCCCGCCGGGAGGCCCCUCACGCCCGUGUGCCAGCGCUUCAGGAACCAGUACCGCUUCGCCAGCCUGUACGACCGGCAGCGCCGCACGCCGCUGUACUCCGCCUACCUCCUCACCCCGGCAGCCGGGAAGAGGCCCCAGAACCACUGGAAGUACGAGCCACAGCUGGCCUUCUCCAGGGCCAAACCUGAGAUGCAGGUCUUACCCAAGACCCCGGACCAGAACGUGAUCGAGAGCCAGGCGGUGCUGCAGGACUACAACAACUCUAACUACACCAAGGGCCACCUCAACCCCAGCCUGCACCACCACGACGCCAACGACCGCAAGGCCACCUUCACCCUGACCAACGUCGUCCCCCAGAAGAAGGGCUCCAACGGGGGGCCCUGGGCCCGGCUGGAGGAAGGGGUGAGGGCCCGUCUGGAGGCCCUCUGCCUGGGGCCCGCUCACGUGAUCACGGGCUUCCUGCCCUACGCCUCGGGGCAGCGGUGGAUCAACGACAGGGUGGCGGUGCCCGAGUACAUGUGGUCCGCCUACUGCUGCCCCUCCUACCACGGCAGCCUGCCCCGGUGGGCCCGGCCCUUCUUCCCCACGUACGCGGCCAUCGGGAGGAACGAUCGGGACAGCGGGGAGGAGAUCGUGCCGGUGGACCCCACGGCCAAAGGCAGCGUGCGGGGCUACGAUGUGAGGCGGCUGCCCCUGGCUGACCUGGAGGAGGUCCUGAGGCAGAGGCUGGCCCCGACCGUCUCUCUGUUCCAAGGGCAGUGUGCCGGACCCCCACCGGUGGUCCCACCGAGGAAUCCCACCGGUUGUAGAUUUUAUGAAGACAAUGAAUUACAAUGAAUGAAUGAUCUGCUUUUGAAUCCUGUUGAUUUCGUGUUUUGAUUGUUGAGCAACAUGUCGAUGUUAUAAUGAAUAAUGAAUAA